AUGACUGCUCCCUGGCUGGAUGCUGUCUUUUCUGUGCCAGUGCGAAUGGCACUGGUGCUCGUGGUUGCCGUAGCCUUUGCUGCCGGCCACCACGCCUUCUACCAGAGCUUGAACGGGCAGACUGUCAGCGAUUCGCAGUCUGCCGUAACUCGCAAACUGCCUCUGAGGGUCUCAGACCAACAGUUCAAUGUCUCCGUCGGAACAUUCUUUGCCUUUCUAGUCAAGGCAUUGUUAUCUGUUGCUGUUUCAGAUGUCUUUAACCAAUUUGCGUGGCGGAAAUUGAUGCGAGGCCCUCCCACGAGAAUCGCCGUCAUCGACAACCUCUUCGACACGCUCCAGAAUGGCUUCGUGCUGAUCAAUUUCGGCCUCUGGAGGAAGCAUCCAUCCAGCAUGGCCCUGGCGACGGUCUUUUGGCUUCUGCCCAUAUCCUCGAUGAUCACACCGGCUACUUUGAACGUGAAAAUGGCACCAUCCUACAACUCCACAACGGCUCGUGUGCCUCAGAUCGACUUUUCGAGUUCGAAUUUUGUCACGAUGACUCCAUUCCUCCUGGCAGGCCUCGAUCUCAAGAUCCAGGACGAUCAAUAUGUCGCGGCUACACCCGAAGUUCAACGUCUCGUCACCAGCACGGCCAUGGAGGGCGCCAUUCUCCCCAUCCAGCCGCCAUCGCCCAAUUCAGCGUGGAAGUUGCAGUUCCAUGGCCCUGCCCUUCGUUGCGACCCAGUCAAUCAGACUCUAUCCACUGCCAUCGUGCACGACGUGGAGAGAAACAUCAAGAACUCCACGUCCGGCGAUCCAGGCCUCGUGACGGGCAUGGCAUACGGGUUCAUCUCGUGGGUGCCGCACGACAACUCUACCAAUGGCUCAACACCAUUCUAUCAGCUGCCCUCGACCGGCGAUCCCAUAUCGAGCUCUACCCCUCGCAACGACUAUCUCGGCCCUCUCCAAGAGUUCCGCAGUUUCCAAGUAGGUGACGCCGAGUUUGGCGCCGGCUGGUCCCCUCUGUCUGUCUUUCUCGCGACAUUCCCGCACAUGCUGGAGGAGGACUCUGGGGAUCUAGGCGAUAUGUGGCGAACUGCGCGUGACCCAACCAUUACCCAAUGCAGCUUGUUCAAUACUUCCUACACGGUUGAAUUCAACUAUACCAACGGCGAGCAGACGGUGAACAUCUCAGACUACCAGUACUUGAACUCUGUGUCGCACAUCCACGACGUACAGUCUAAUCAAGAACAUUUGCCGGACCUCCAGAGCGCAACCGGGGCAGCGGCAUCGAUUUAUCAGACCGCGCUGGAAAUGUUCGCCUACCAGGCUGUUAUGGAGCAGUUCUGCCGUCUCAUGGUUGGUUGGAUUAGCGAAGCACCGUCAAUCGAGAAUUAUACCGUCAAGGGGGAUCCCAAGCAUCAAUGGAAUGGGUAUUCCCUUGACAUCAAGAAUACGAGCAUCAUGUCCACUGCUCUAUCGAAUGCUGCCGAAUUAGGCACCAUCAAAACUGCCAUGAGCAAGGUCGGAGCCGCGGAUGGGUUCCAGAAUAUGUGGAAUGAACAUUCAGUCACCCAUGCCAACCAGAAGGUAACGGGCUCACUUGCAACCGCCGUGGAGGAAAUGUUUCGGAACAUCACCAUCUCAUUGAUGAACUCCGACUUGCUCCAACCCAACUAUACAAUGCCAUCGGCACCACCCAACGUCAACGUCACCCUCGAAUCCCACCGCAAUAUCUACACCUACUCCGUCUCAAUUCUCUGGACAUCAUACGGCAUCGCCAUCGCCGUGACCCUCGUCAGCGUCGUCUUUGGUGUAAUCGCCCACUUCUCAAACAACGGCUCUUACACGACGAGCCUCUCUACCUUUUUACGAACCACACAAGCCGCAACCAUAUCUACUCAAUUUCGCCCCGAAGACUGUAGCGGAAAAUAUCCCCGUCCGGGCUAUAUCGGUAAUGCCACCAUUGCGUUCGGGGAGAUGCCUCCGGAGCAAAUCGCAAUGGUAGACGGGGCAAAGGGGACUGCUUCGUCCCCGCUCAUCGAGGAAAUGCCACGUCGUUCGGGCGAAGUGUCCCCUGUUUCGAGUCGGCCUUCUAGUCGAAUGGGGUCGAGGCCGGUUAGUGGAUUCAUUUUCAGAUCUUCGAUUGAUGGACAUAGAUAG